AUGUAUGAACUUCAACCAUCAGAAGAAGAAGGAGGUUUAGGAACAAUACGCUACAUUUAUUUAAAUUCAAUGAAGACGCGAUUUAAUAACAUUGAAGAAAAUAAGGUUUAUGUAUGCGCCACAUACCUUGAUCCUCGAUUUAAAAAAGACGACCUUUCACCCAAAGCAAAUACCAAAGCUAUACAGUGGUUGAGAGAAGAAUUUGAAACCAAAGAGGAUCAACUUAAUUCUCACAACAAUAGAAAUAAACUACCUCUACCCUCCUGUUCUUUUCAUUCCUCCUCCACAGAAAUUGAAAUUGACCACUCUUCUUCAUUUGAACCACCCACUAAAAAAAUUAAAAUGAACUUUUGGGAAUAUUAUAAACGAACUUUACCAAUAAAAAAAGAGAAAAAUCUGUCGGAAUCUAAAACAACAUUUGAGAAGGAGAUCGAACGCUAUGACCUUCAUAAGACCGAAAACCACCAGGAAACACCGAUCUUAAAUGUUUUUGCUUGUAUGAGGCAAAGUGCUGCUGUGAAAAGUGCUCUGUGUGCACAUCAAAUUGAGUCUGAAGAGGACAGCAAUGUACCACAUGAAGAGAGAAAUCUUAAUCUUAAACGAAAAAUCAAGUUACUAUAUAAAAUCAUUGAUGAAUUGGAAGAUAAGAACAGAUUAUUAGUUGAAAACUGUGAUCUAUUAAAAGAAAAAGUAAAGUUUCUGACGAAACAAGAAAAAAAUGCCGUGACAAAAAAGGUAAACAACAAGCAUGAGAAGGUGUGCAUAGUGGAUAAUCAAGUUGCCUCUUCUUCUUCUAUCGAAACAUCAAAACCAUUACUUGCACUCUCGGGUUGA